AUGGCUCCCAUUGCUAAGAAGUCUGGCAAGGCCCAGAAGCAGACCAAGAAGUUCAUCAUCAACGCUUCUCAGCCCGCCGCGGACAAGAUUUUCGACACUGCCGCUUUCGAAAAGUUUCUGCAGGAGCGCAUCAAGGUCGAGGGCCGCACCAACAACCUCGGCGACGACAUUGUGAUUCAGCAGCAGGGCGAGGGCAAGAUCGAGGUCAUUGCGCACAACGACCUCUCGGGCCGCUACCUCAAGUACCUGACCAAGAAGUUCCUCAAGAAGCAGCAGCUCCGCGACUGGCUCCGCGUCGUCUCCACCUCGCGCGGCGUCUACGAGCUCAAGUUCUUCAACGUUGUCAACGACGAGGCCGAUGAGGAUGACGAGUAA